AUGAGUGAAUUAGUUUUAGAAUCCUCUGCAUGGGAGGACUUAGCCAAUAUCCCAGCGGAUCCACCUAGGAUGCGGCCUAUGUGCACCCAAUGCUGUCGUCCCACACAGGUGUGCUGGUGUUCAGCUCUACCCUCACAACCACUUAGCCCCGGUGGUCGCAUAGUACUUCUACAGCAUCCUGCCGAAGAAAAACGAUCCCUACGGACCGCUCCCAUGUUAUCUGUUGGACUCGCUCCAGGAAAGUGUCUUAUUUACAAGGGAAAAAAGUUUCCUCGCCACGAUCUGGAGCUAGAAACGAUAUUGGCCGACAAACGAUCCCUGUUGCUAUAUCCUAGCGCAAACUCUGUUCCGAUCGAACAAAUCGAUCCUAGCGAAGGUCCGUACAAUUUGAUACUGAUUGAUGGUACGUGGCCACAGGCGAAAGCUAUCUAUCACAGCUCAACCGCACUGCACGGAAUGCGACAGGUGAAGCUUGUAUCAUCUGGCACGAGCAGCUACAUUAUCCGAACCCAACCUACGGAAGGUUGCCUCAGUACGCUAGAGACGGCCAUCGAAGCGCUCAGCGUACUGGAACGAGACGAUCGGUACCGGGAACAGUUACUGCAGCCCCUGCACGUUUUGUGCCAAUUUCAGCUGGCAAACGGUGCGGUUACGCAUCAGUCGAAAGAGUUCCUCAUCCGCCAUAACCAAUACCCGAAGCUUAUCGGACGACGAUUGAACCGGUUGCUGAAGCAGGCGGAUAACUUCAAAGAUGAUCCAACGGAACCUACGGAAAGCAUGUCUUCGUAG